AUGUGGGGGAUAGUGGUGUAUGUGGUUGGUGUGUUGGGGGUUGUAGUGGUGGAAGUAAGAGAGAAGGAGGGGGUGUAUGGGGGGGUUUAUGGGGGAGUGUGGAGGGUGGGGGGGGUAGGGGGGGUGGAGAGGGGGGUUGUGGAGGAGGUUGUUGUGGGAUGGGAGGGAGGAAGGGGGUUUAGGGGGGGUGGGUUUGGGGUGAUUUUGGGGGGGGGGGGGGGGAUGAAAGUGUGGGAGGAUGGUGAGGUAGUUUUGGUUGGGGGGGGGGGGUUUUUUUGUGGGAGAAGAGGGGGGGGGGGUAGGGUUGUGAAGGAGGAGGGGGAUUGGUUGGGGGUGUUGGUUGAAAGGGGUAUGGGGUGGUUUGGGUUUGGGAUGGGGUGGGGGAGGGGGGUGUGUUUUGGGGUGGGUGUGGGUGGGGUUUUGGGUGUGGGUAUAGUGGUGGUGGGGGGGGUUGGUUGA